AACGCAUCACUUCAGUUAGCCUGGCAUCACCGAUAUUCGGACCAAGCGGUUUCUCACGCUCCUCUCGGAAAUCUCUUUUCCUCCCUGUUUCUUACUGAAGCGGGAUAACUGCACAGGACUCUGACACGUAGAGGCAGAUUUUAAGGAUUUUUCUCCUCUUUUGUCGCAACACCUCAUAAGAUGAAGUUAGAUGGAGGCUGGGUGUGGCGCCUGCUGUUCCUGUCCUCUUUGAUUGUAGCAGCCUCUGCGUCCAGUGAUGAGCAUUCUGAGUCCGACGUUUUGGAAGGUGAUAUGGGCCUAGAUGAGGAGGAACUGAAGGUUCUCAUGGCAGAUGAUGACGAAGAGGAGGAGGCAAUGGUGAUGGAUGAAGAGCAGUUUGAUGAGGAUAAAGACGAAGCUGAAGCCUCUGAAAUUGAUGCUAAUGUCACCUUCCAGGUAACUUACAAGACUCCCGUUCCCACCGGAGAUGUCUAUUUUGCAGAAACGUUUGAUGAUGGAUCACUGGACAGAUGGCAGCUGUCAAAAACAAUGAAGGAGGAUGCAGACGAUGACAUCGCCAAAUAUGAUGGAAAGUGGAUGGCGGAGCCGCUAAAGGAGAAUAAGGUACCAGGAGACCAGGGCCUGGUGCUCAAGUCUCGGGCCAAACACCAUGCCAUAGCUGCGAUGCUGGACAAACCUUUUGUCUUCCAGGAUGAACCUCUGGUUGUCCAGUAUGAGGUGAAUUUCCAAGAUGGUAUUGACUGUGGUGGAGCAUACAUCAAACUGCUCUCAGACUCGGGCAGUCUCAGUCUGGAACAGUUCCAUGACCGUACACCCUACACCAUCAUGUUUGGACCUGACAAAUGCGGAGAGGACUACAAACUGCACUUCAUCUUCCGCCACAAAAACCCUCUGAACAAAGACCUGGAGGAGAAGCACGCCAAAAGGGCCGACGUGGACCUGAAGAAGUUCUACACCGACAAGAAGACUCACCUCUACACCCUGGUUCUAAACCCGGACAACAGCUACGAGAUGUUCAUCGAUCAGUCCAGUGUAAGCCGUGGCAACCUGCUGUACGACAUGGUGCCUCCUGUCAACCCGCCGAAGGAGAUCGACGAUCCAAAUGACUCGAAGCCGGACGACUGGGACGAGAGGGCCAAGAUUCCGGACCCCGAGGCGGUGAAGCCUGAUGACUGGGACGAGGAUGCUCCUGCAAAGAUUGACGACCCUAAUGCCUUAAAGCCAGAAGGCUGGCUGGAUGACGAGCCAGAGUUUGUUCCAGACCCGAACGCAGAGAAACCAGAAGACUGGGACGAGGAGAUGGAUGGAGAGUGGGAGGCCCCACAGGUUGCUAACCAGGCCUGUGAGACAGCUCCUGGCUGCGGGGAGUGGAAGCGACCAAUGAUCAACAACCCGCAGUAUAAGGGCAAGUGGAAAGCCCCUCUGAUAGACAACCCUAACUAUCAGGGAGUCUGGAAGCCACGUAAAAUGAUGAAUCCAGAACAUUUCGAGGACCCACAGCCGUUCAGAAUGACACCUUUUAAAGCUCUGGGACUGGAGCUGUGGUCCAUGACCUCAGACAUUUACUUCGACAACUUCAUCAUCACAUCUCACAAGGAGGUGGCUGACCGCUGGGCCUCAGACAGCUGGGGGCUGAAGAAACUAGUGGCGAGUGCUAACGAGCCUGGGAUAUUCGCCCAACUGAUGACGGCAGCCGAGGAGCGACCCUGGCUUUGGAUAAUCUAUAUCCUGACAGUAGGCCUGCCCAUUGGACUGACUGUGCUCUUCUGCUGGCCAAAGAAACCAGUAGAUGACUAUGUGUACAAAAAGGUCGAUCUACCUCAGACUCGAAUAGAAGAGGAGGAAGACGGAGGAGCAGAUGAGGAAGACAAAGAAGCUAAAGCUGGAACAACACCAGCAGCACAAGAGGAAGAUGAGAUGGAGGACACUGGUGCACAAGGAGACAAUCAAGAGGGGGCUGAUGAUGAAGAAGAGAUGGAGGAGGAGGAGGAAGAAGAAGAAGAAGAAGCAGAGGAAAACAAAACUCCAGAAAGAACAUUAGAAGAUGAGCAGAAAGAUGUAGGCGAUGUCGCUGAAGAGAGCCACAAACAAGCUGUCAGAAAGAGGAGGGUACGGAAAGACUGAGGCAAAUCCCGCAUCUGCUGUGUCUUCUCCUCGACGGGGGAGGAGGUGAAAAGGGGUCCUCUCUGUUGUAGCUGCUCCUUCCUCCCUAAGCGGAGCAGCAUGGUCUUUCCUCCAACCCCCGACGGUAGCCUGCAGUCACCCGGCUGUCCCAUCUGUGUCUAAGCUCCACCCGCCCAGCUUUACAGCCUCACAGACCCAUACACCCCGUUCCCGCCUUUCCCUCCUUCGGUCCGCUCAGUCGGACGAGCUCCCUGUAAGGUUUCGUGUACAGCUCCACCCUCCACCAUCUCUAGCUUCUUUAAGUUUGUUUUUCCUCAACCUUCUUCUGUUCCAGAAGUUGUCAGAAUGCCGGCCGUCUUCCACAAACCAUCAGUUUUCUGUCAAUACAAGCAGCAGAGCCUCGGCACCGCUGUUAACUCCACUUAUCAUUUUACAGCACGUCACAGGGCCCCUCACAGAGGGUAGUUUUAUUCACAUUAUGUUCUUGAUUUUUGCUUAAAAAUGUUCAGGAUGCUGAGAGAGAAGGCUAACCAAUCCAUCACAACUUAAUUAAAAGGUUCCAGCUGAAGAUAAAAUGCAUUUCCAGUCUAGAAUUUAGCUAGUUUGUAAUGAGCUUCUGUGACAUUUUUAAUGUGGAGUUGAAAACUAGCUCCAAUAUUCUAUUUAUUGGUUUUGGUUCGACUUUGUUUCACGCUGGUACAAAUAAAGGUUUAAUAUCCAAGUGUUUUAAGGCUUGAGGUAACUUCCCUGACAUGUGCCACUGAUGUGCUUACUAUGAGCAGAGGUCUGAAUUAUUAAAAAAAAUGUCAUAAAAUUUUUUUAAAAAUAGACAAAAACUGAGUGUCAAUGCUUGCAGCUAUAAAGUAGGUAUUUUGUUUUUGCCUUGGCCAUUAAUUGUGGCACAGAAGACCUGAGUUUCUGCUGCUGGAUAUUUAAAAAGAAAUCUCAGAACGCAGCAAUGUUUCCUAGUACAUGUUUGAGCUGGUGGUUAGAUGUUAGCUUGUUGGCUGGGAGACACAUUGAUCUGCUUUGUUUUGGUUUUUUCAUUGUCUGAAGCUUUUGUAGUUCACCCUUCUGCCAGAUUCUGGCACUUAUCCCUGUUUACAUUUGUUUGCAACUUGUACAUUUGCUCUUGGAAGUAAAACUAUUUAAUACAAAAAGAAA